AGUUGUAGACAUCUCGAUUCAACAUGAAGAUCACCAUAGCUAUCAUUCUUGUGACUGUUGUGCUUAUCGGUUGUGUGGAAGCCAAUCGCCAGCCUCCCCGUAAGCCGUCAGCUUCUAAGCCGAUACAACACAGACCGGCUCCGGGAAAGUCAGCUCCCUCUAAGAAGUCUCCAGGAAAGCCAAUUCCAAAUAAGCCGCCUUCCAAAAGGCCAACACCCACUAAGUCGCCUAAAAAGAAGCCAAUCCCAAAGACGAAGCCUCCGAAAAAGACAACUCCCCGUAGGCCGGUCACCUGUCAUCCAAUCCCCUGUCAGCCAUGUCCGACCCGUAAGCCAGACCCCUGUCAGCCGUGUCCACCUAAGCCAGUUUCCCCAAUUCCAUGUCCGCCUAACACGCCUAAACCCCGUCCACCUAAGCCAUGUCCGCCUAACACGCCUAAACCAGCUCCACCUAAAACUACUCGUCCACCUACCAAAUGUACUACGCCCUCUCCUUGCCCCCCAAUCGUCACACGUACGCCCUCUCCUUGCCCCCCAAUCGUCACACGUACGCCCUCUCCUUGCCCCCCAAUCGUCACACCUAAGCCCACUACUUGCCCCCCAAUCGUCACACCUAAGCCGACUACUUGCCCCCCAAUCGUCACACCUAAGCCCACUACUUGCCCCCCAAUCGUCACACCUAAGCCCACUCCUUGCCCGACUCCCGCUCCAUCACCACCUUCAUGCGGCUGCAAUUGUGGUCCAGGCGGCAAACCUUGCCCAGGUUGCCCAUCUAGGUGUGAUCUCUGUAGCAGUCUUAUUGGUUUGCUGAAGCAACUUGAUGAAAAAAUCAAGCUUUGCGUUUGCGGUCAACCGAAAUGGUCAGUUAUCUUAUGAUUCCAAAGCCCUAACACUGACAUUGA